CUGUGUCUGUGUGUGAAUGUGAAUAAUUGUUUAUGGUUGCAUGCUUGCCUCUGUGUGUUAACAGCUUCACUGAAGCUGGUGAGAGUCGUACUGUCUCGAUCGGUGUAGAUUUCAAGGAUACGCUCAACCCUGCUGUUUUCGAUAUCAGCUGUCGCACUGGCAAGUUUUCCGUGAAGAUCCCACCCAUUGUUGGUGAGAUCAUCCAGGGCGCUGUCGUGUCGGAGGCCGACUUCAAGCAACGCUCCAGUCAGCUGAAGGGCAUGAAUGAGAGUACGGGGCAGGCAACACUCAAGUCUGCCCAGGAGAUGCACAGCCUAUGCCAGUGUGUGCUACACAGCGCCGGUCUCUCGCUGGUACAGCGCUCUGGUAACGAUGGCGAUGAUGAUAGCACUCUGUUCUUUGCCGGCCGUACCACCUCCGGUCACGUCACCGUCCUGCUCAGGGUCGCAAUGGAUGGCACUGAUGUCAAGCUGACGUGCAACUGUGAGAAGAUGGUCAUAGGUUCUAUGCUGCUGAAGGAGAUCAAAACUGCGUUCGCCAAUCUCUAAGACGUUUACCCCCCAUUCUGCUAGUGCUGCUGCUGCUAGUGCUGCUGCUGCGGCUUUUGCUUGCGUAUUUUUUCACUUUGAAAGUUGCUUUUUGGCCGGUCCAAAACCCUUCUUUACGUUCACAUGACAUUUGUUUUUUUUUGCCAAUCGUGUAGCCGCACCGCACCCUGUUACAAUAACCGCUACCUGCUUUUUUCAUAUAUCAAUAAUCCUGUGCAAUGAUAUGAGAUUUUCAAACGUGUUCGCGGUACUAUUUUGUGCACGCCGUUGAA